GUACGACGUAGGCCAGCAUGGAAGACCUUGUCUUUGGCGAAGUACGCGAGGAGUUUGGCUCACCUGCCCCGCAGCAGCUUGCAGUUAAUUGUGCCAACAAGAGCUGGAGCGGAACGCGUCUGCGCCAGCGGAGAUAUCAAAGACGUACAUCCGCGAAGGAUUCGGAAGUGGUGGGACGCCGAAGACGGGGGCCUUGUGCGGGCAAACUUACCCGCAACGCCCGUCAGGGAUGCCGGUCACAUGCCCGACUAACCUUGGGCCGUGUCAGUCGGAGCAUGCAUGUCGCCGCCGUUCUCUCGAGCGGGCCAAGGCAUUUUGGAUCAGCAGCCUGCUCGGACCGGUGUUUGCUGCGUUACCAUAUCGUGUCCGGUGACUUAUGACCAGACUAGCGGCCCGAGCAGCUCUGUCGACUGUUCUGGCCGCCGAGCUCACUCUCCAACAGCUCACCGCUCGUUCAACACCCGCUCCGUCUGCGUCUCCGCGUUGGCUUCAGGACCUCGAGCCCACGCGUCCAAACCCUCUCCCUUUUUCUCGUCGCAGUUGGCGCCUCACCUCUCCAUCUCCGCCUUAAUCCGUGUCCGGUUCAAGGCGGCAACUGCCUUACUCUCCGUUUAUCCACACUCCCAGGGGCGAUGUGACCCACUCUCGUACGGACCUAAGCAGAUCCGCACUGAGGCUUUUUUGGACAUUCCCCUUCCGCAUCCUGAUUGCCAAGUUGUGGCGUGUGUUGGCAACGAGCGGUGUCUGAACAUGCACGACGAUGCACGCGCCCAUUGUGUUACGCCGCUGACGUGGCGGCGUGGCACCGCCGCACUUGUCAUCUCGGAAUAAGGCUUGGGGGUAGCCCGAUAAGUAAGCGAGCCAGUCGCUGCAACAAGCCGGAUACGGUGGCGCGCUGCCAAGAGUCUCGUCUCUUAUGCAUCACGUAUACACGGAGACUCCGGGGCGUGCGCAGCUGCAAGUCACCCGACCCCACGCCGCCGCCAUCAGAUGACACGUGUGCGGGGCUGUGGCACUGAUUUGCCACUGAGGCCGUCGCAC